UAUCUCAUCCUCUGUGGCCUGAGCUUUCUGACCCCAUUCGCUCUCUCCUGACCUCAAAAAAUAAUAAUCCCAGCCGUGAUUAAAGAGUCUCUCUUCCACAGGCACCCAUGGCCCCAAAGAAAGUAGAAACCAAGAAGACGGAGCUCAAAAAGCCUGAGCCGAAGAAGCCAGAGCCAAAAAAAGAGGUCGCCCCUGCACCACCUCCUGCUGCUCCGGCUGAACCUGAGCCACCUAAAGAACCUGCAUUUGACGCCAAGAGCGUGACGGUGGAGUUUACACCUGACCAGAUCGAGGAGUUCAGGGAAGCCUUCCAGCUGUUUGACCGAACACCGAAGAAUGAGAUGAAGAUCACAUAUGCGCAGUGCGGAGAUGUGAUGAGGGCGCUCGGGCAGAACCCUACCAACGCUGAUGUCCUCAAGGUCCUCGGAAAGCCACGGCCUGAGGAGAUGAACAGCAAGAUGCUGGACUUUGAGACCUUCCUGCCCAUGCUGCAGCACAUCUCCAAGUCCAAGAAUAAAGGCAGCUUUGAGGACUUUGUCGAGGGUCUCCGGGUCUUCGAUAAAGAAGGCAAUGGAACCAUCAUGGGGGCGGAAUUGCGUCAUGUCCUGGCAACGCUCGGAGAACGGAUGACCGAGGAUGAAGUGGAUCGACUCAUGGCGGGGCAAGAGGAUGCCAACGGAUGCAUCAACUACUCAUCUUUUGUCAAACAUAUUCUCUCUGGUUGAGGUGGACUUGGGAAAUAUAUUUCAAGAUUUAUGAUUUGUGUAUUAGGAGCACUUUAAUGUCAUUGUAGUUGUGUAAACAAACACAUCUAUUAUUAUUAUUAUUAUUAUUAUUAUUACAAAACACUGUUUACUUUUCCAGAUAUUUAAUUGCAUAUCAGAUAUUAACCAGAAGCCAUGCAAUUAUACAUCCACACCAACAUUUCAGGAAUAAAACAUGACCAGCAUUUCAUGAAGCAUUUAAUUCCUUGAGCAACAUUAUAUUUUUAUCCAUUUAUCACUACAUUUAGUCACAUUGUGGACCAUCUGGAAAAAGAAGUUCGUUCCUGCUCUCACUUAGCAGCUUGGCAUAUUACAGAGAAACUGCAAAGCGUCCACUCCCCGGAACACACACCUUCACCUCUGACUGGGACUGGAGACUCCUUCCAUAAACAGCAUGUUUUAUUCUGUUUACGCAGAGCAUCUGUAUAGAAAUUUUCCUGUAUCCAAAAAAAAAGUUUGCUUUAUUGGAAAAAAAAGUCAAUACUUUCCAACCAAUCAGAAUCCAACAGCACUGUGGUAUCAGGCAUAAAUAACACAUUACCCAAAACAUUCAUCUAUUUUGGAUAUAAAGAGUAAAAGCACAAAGGCACAAACAUUGUGUUGGAACUGAAACACAUAUCUUAAGUUUACCUUCGACUGGAAGUGCAUUUGAACACACAUCAAUAAAUAAAUGAAUAAACGCCAGCGCUUUUAUAGGCGUGCAUCUGAAA